AAAUUGUUAAUCAGUAAAAUCAAAAUCGUGGACUGGAAGUGAAUUUGCCGGUUGCUGAAGACGGUUAGCGAGCUAGCAUUGCUGGCUAGCUACUAGUUAGCUAUCGAGCUCGGUAUAACGAGGGGCUGUUACGUUAGCGGCUAGCUAACGCAGAAAUGUCGUUGAAACGCUGCAAGGGUUCUGAUUUGACAUUUGACCUUAUGAUUUGACAUUUAAGGAGCUGUCCCUGUCCUUAAGUAGUCGUGUCUUUCGAUAUUGAGAAAGUCCGUAACGCACUUUCUCUAACGCUAGCGUCAGCUAUGCGGUGAUCUAACACGGGCUCCUUUUACUGGAAGUCGCCUGUUCACACUGGCCUGAGGAUGUCUUUUUAAUGAUUCGGCGUCACAAGACGACCAUCUUCACUGACGCUAAAGAGUCUACCAGUGUGUAUGAGUUGAAGCGCAUUGUUGAGGGAAUUCUGAAGAGACCUCCUGAAGACCAGAGGCUUUAUAAGGAUGACCAGCUGCUAGAAGACAGUAAAACACUGGGAGACUGUGGCUUUACCAACCAGACAGCCAGACCACAGGCUCCUGCUACUGUAGGACUUGCCUUGCGCAUCAGUGACGAUGCAUUCGAGCUGCUGCAUGUGGAGCCCUUCUCUAACCCUCCAGAGCUCCCUGAUGUCAUGAAGCCCCAGGACUCUGGCAGCACAGCCAAUGAGCAGUCUGUGCAGUAAGAGUGGGCGAAGUGUGGGCGGGGCGAGUGCUGGCUGAGGUGGGACAACAGCGGGCAGGAGAGUAGAGCGCUCUGGUGCGAGGAGGAGGAGGAGGAGGAGGAGGAGGAGGAGGAGGAGGAGGGGGUGAAGGACACACCAGGACUGGGUGCUUAAGGAACCAAUAUGGGCAAGCUCAUGGUCACCUGCAGCUGAACUGAACUCCAACUUCUCAGCAUGUCCAGAGAAACCUACCCAACACAGUGCAGUUCCCCUUCAGGCUGUGUCAUUUCCCUGCCCAUCUACACUGACGCAAUCCUGCCGGCAUCCUGCUGACGUCCUGUUCACCUGCUCCAGGACUGACCUCAUACUGAACUCACCGCUGAGCUUGUUUUCUUUGUCUGUCAAGCUUGUUCUGAGUGUAACCCUGUAGCUAUGUUCAGAGUCCACUAUUUCUGUUAUUAGCCUUUCUUUGGGGGAUUGUGGGUGGGGGGGGGGGGGGGGGGGGCACUCAAAUGAGCAGUUGGCUGUGAUGUUUUGGCAGGACGCUGUUUCACGUGAACGAAGCGUGUGGGAAGCUUGUGCACCAUGUAGACUCGCGCUGGUCUGUUGGUCUGGUUUUUUUUUUUUUUCACCCAGAAUACUGGAUUAUUUCAUUCAUCUUUAUUAGGAUUUAAGUGUUUGGGAGACAACCAUUUUAGACAGUUAUAUUAAAUCAUUUUACAUUAUUUGUGGGUGUUUUGUUUUUUUUUGUUUUUUUUUGUAGUGGUGUGCCUAGAUAAAGCUGUUGACUGUACCUCAUAAUGAUUUUAAACUAUAGACUUCCAGAAAGAGUAUGUUUGUUGUUUUUCAUCUAACUGUGAUUUUAAUCACUAUUAUUAUGAUUUUGAUUAUUAUUAUUAUAAACCAUAAUGGUCCCCAGUGUGUCAGUAUAAACAUUUGUUUAGAUGUGGCAUUAAUGGCCCAUUAAUUCUAAUCUUUAAAACUUCCAAUCUUCCCUGUUUUCUGAACUGCCAAGCCUAAGUUCCACUUUAAAGGAAUAGUUUAGUCAAGCUGUCAGUGGACAAAGAUGAAUACCAAUUAGCAUGCUGCAACUGAUCUUAUGCUCAUUAGAGGUUCCUAGCCUAUAGUCAUUUUAAGACAUUAGCAUGUUUGGUUGGCUUCUCUUAUUUCCUAUACGGUAAAAGGAUUGGGAAAGAAUGCAAGUGUGAACUGAUGUGCCAAUGCAGAGUUUUUUCAUGACUAAUAGUGACUGGAAACUUUGCUGGGAAAUCUCGAGAAGCGUGCAUACUAAUUGUAUAUUGGCUUCUGUAUCGGAUGCCUGAUGUUGGCGUGUUAUUUUUUUUUUUUGGUCAUUUUUUCUAAUUAACAAGCACACAACAGUCCCUGUCCAGAUGUGUCUAAGUGAGGCUCUGGUUGGUGAGUCACUGUUCUGUAUGCAGAACAGUGUGCUGGAUGUUCCUCAGACUUGCUGGGCUGUCUGAACAACGUACAUGCAGCUACAAGUCCCAUAACCCCCCCCCCCCCCCCAAACAAUACAGCAGCUGGCUCCACAGUUCCUCCCAGGGCAGUAGCGUUCGGGCACUAUAGAAGAAGCUAAAUUAAAUGACAAUUUCAUUGAACAUUGGAAUGGGAAAGAAGUGGAUAAACAUUUUGGGGAAGAAGGUUAAUAUGCAUGAUCUUAAGACAGGAAUGCAAAUUAAGCAUGCAUGACUAUAUGAAACUUUGCUCUUAAAAUUUAAGGUUUUAAAGAUUUUUUUUUCUCCUUAAAAUGCAUCUCUUACAUGUCAACCUCUCCUUGUAAGCCUUGUGAGGGAACUCACUUUUGUAGAUUCAUAUUAAAUAAAGCCUCAUUUAACAAAUGA